AUGGAGAAUCCAAAACCAGGCAAUGAAACAUUUUAUUGGGAUUCGGAAGGGGAGUGGCAUGUUUGUGUACGAAACAAUAGAAACUUAGGGUCUUAUGGCGUUUUCAUUGAGGAUCAUCCAUUCGGGUUUGUGCUUCCAGCCUCUACGAACACCCAAAUUCAUCUGCAACCUUCUCGUAAGCUUCAACGGUUUUCCUUGAAAAUGAGUAGAAAUGUUAAUAAUCAAGUUUUUGUCUUUCUGUAACUAUGGUUUUCUUGUGUGAUUGAUUAUGAAAUGUAGGGUGGGAUUGUUUUGGGCCCCACAUUUCUGGGGCGCUCUAAGGCGUACAGGAGUGCUCUAUUCCCAGAAAGACAAGCAACGGUGCUAAUGUUUGCAUGCGUAUUAGGAGCCAUAUAUUUCCUGUUCUUAGUGUCACUGAAAAUGGACGUACUCAUGACUGUGAGAGCCGCAAAAAGCACGUGGCGACUCGGAGUAAUACCAGUAUUCGUUUCAUUUAUAGCUCUCAACACACUCUUAAGCGUCUUCUAUGCCCCUAAAAUAUCUCCUACAUACAUAGACGUUUCACGCAUCUCAAUAAGCUUUGCAAUGGCCCUCAGCAACUUCCCCGUCAUCUCUGAUGCCUUGAUCGAACUCAAUCUCAUAGCCACAGAGCUUGGCCAGAUCUCUCUCUCUUCCUCCAUUAUCAACGACAACUUACAAUGGGUAUUGAUCAUCGUCCACAGCUUCGUCGACGAAGCUGACCUCAAAGAUUCAAUCAACUUGUUGGGAAAGUGGUCCCUAUUCCUUUGUUUCAUUUAUUUCGUCCUGCGACCCACCAUGAAGCUCAUUGUAAGGAUAACCCCGGUGGGGAAACCGGUGAAGGAGACCUACGUUGUCUUCAUUCUUCUCACGGUUCUGCUGGUGUCGGUUAUGGGAGACGUGAUGGGAGUAAGCGGUCUGAUGGGGCCGUUGCUUUUUGGGUUGGUGAUACCGAGUGGACCACCCUUGGGCACAACACUCGUGGAGAAGUGUGAGAUUCUCAUCACCCAGUUUAUGCUACCCUUCUUCUUCAUGUACGUCGGAAUGAUGACCGAUUUGUCUGCCCUCAGGGAUUGGCGGUUGUUCUUGACUCUGCAGAGUGUGUUCAUCGUGGGAGACUUGGCCAAGUUGGUGGCAUGUAUUUUGGUUUCUCUAACGUACAACAUUAAGCCUAGAUAUGGCACAUUGCUUGGCCUCACCUUGAACAUCAAGGGACUAACUCAACUCAUAGGUUUCACUAGACUCAAGAAAUACAAGUUGUUGGAUGAGGAGACAUUCAGUCAACUGGUGUUCUGUGUGGUGGUUAUCACCAUGAUCGUUACACCCUUGAUCAGCUUACUGUACAAGCAUCGGCCUCGAGUCCUACAGACAGCAAGCUUAUACGAAGGCCGUGUCAGAUCAAUCCAAAGCAUUCCAAGAGACGCAGAGUUUCGCAUCAUUUGUUGCGUACACAACGAAGAGAAUGUGCGUUGUGCCACUGCUUUCAUCGAAGUGUGCAACCCUGUGCUAGAGAGCCCCAUAUGCCUCUACGCCAUACACCUCAUUGAGCUUCUAGGAAAAAGCGCACCCAUUCUCAUUCCCAUAAACUACAGACUGAAAUCUUUGUCCGUUAAUUAUCCCAACACCAACCACAUCAUGCGAGCCUUCGAAAACUACUCUGAAAACUCAAGUGGACCGGUCACGGUUAUCCCCUACGUCAACGUCGCACCCUACAAGAGCAUGCACGAUGCCAUUUGCAACCUCGCCCAAGACAAGUUGGUGCCUUUCAUCAUCAUCCCCUUCCCCGAGAACGACAACGUUCAUCUCGUGCACCACGUGGCAGCAUCCAUCCGCAAAAUGAACGCCAGCUUUCAAGCGCAAGCUCCAUGCACGUUGGGGAUUCUCGUGGACAGGCACUCCCGGCUGAGCGCGUGCAACGUCGACAUGUUUUUCAACGUGGGGAUAUUCUUCAUAGGUGGGGCCGACGACAGGGAAGCGUUGGCUUUGGGGAUUCGGAUGGGGGAGCGUGCGACGACGAGGGUGUCGUUGUUCCGGUUCGUGGUGAGGAAUAGAGAGUACGGGAAUAAAAUAGUUUUGACGAGAGAGGAGCGUGAACAGGAAGAGGAGGAUCUGAUGAUGGACGAGGGGUUAAUUGAUGAGUUCAAGAGCCUGAAAUAUGGCAGCGGUAACGUUUCAUGGUUCGAGAUUACGGUGGAGGAUGGGGUUGAGGUGUUGGACGUAGUUCAUAGUUUGGAAGGAAACUAUGACCUUGUGAUGGUGGGAAAAAGACACAAUGAUGGCUAUCUGAAUUCAGACCAAUUGGGAACACUCAUAGAAAAUGCAGCCAUUUUGGGAAUAUUGGGGGAUAUGCUGUCGUCACCGGAGUUUUGCCUUGGGAUGAUUCCGGUUCUGGUCACACAGUUUGGAGAGGUAAGGCGAAAUACUAAAAAGAUGGAUAAACUACCUUCAACUGAUUUAUCUCAAAAAGGUUUUACGGUUGGUAAAUAA